AUGUCACCGAAGAAAGUAGCAAUAAUCGGCGCCGGCCCCUCAGGCCUAGUCACAGCCAAAACCCUCCUUCAUAAUUUCCCGUGUGGGACGUUCUCUCCAAUCAUCUUCGACAGCCAGAACAGAGUCGGAGGUCUGUGGUCAAGUCACCAUCAUUCUCCCAAUCAGGUCAAUAGCCCCCCGGUUACACUAGAUCCUCGAAUGCAGACAAAUCUCAGCCGCUUCACUGUUGCUUUUUCGGAUCUUGACUGGGAGUCGGUGAUUCCCGACGCGGAUGUUCCGGAUUUUCCUCAGGCGAGACAGGUUGGAGAGUACUUGGCCUGUUAUUCAGAGCGGUAUAUUCCAGCCCAUGUGCUCAGGCUAGGGUGUAAAGUAGUGAGAACUAUACGGAAGAUUGAGGAUGGAGGUGAUCCGAAGUGGAAUGUUAAGUGGGUUCAACAGAGUGCGGAGAAGACUCAGCCAGAAUAUGGAUUAUUUAACGCUGGAGUGUCUUCAGAAGAUUUCGACCUGAUUGUCAUCGCCUCCGGAUACUUUGCCCAGCAGUAUAUUCCAGAUAUACCAGGUCUACAGCAAUUCCAAGGCCAAAUCAUCCAUAGCUCUUCGCUUCAUUAUGAGCGAGAACAGCUGGUUUCUAAUGGAACCAAAGACGUGAAUGGCCAGAUUGUCGUCAUCGGCGGCAGCAUGUCAGGCGUCGAAUCCGCAUCUGCUGUGGCUCUCCGCCAAUCCUCAUCUACACUUUCUACAAACAGAAUCCCACAUACCCAAGAGACAAAAGUGCAUCAUAUACAUUCAAGACCCUUCUGGGCUUUACCGACUUAUCUACCCCACGAGUCUCCCGACGGAAGUCCAUCGUUUCUACCGUUGGACUUGGCCAUGUACGACCUAGGCCGCCGACCCCCAGGCCCAAUAGACUACGCUUUGGGCCCGAUCCCAGAAGAAAAAGCAGUCAAAACGAACAGUUACUUCCACUCCUUGCUUGGGAGUGACUACGAGAAAUACGCGCACAUGGAUUCACCACAUACCGCCGAAGAAUCCAGAACCCAGCCACCAUGGGUCGCCAUAGGCAAUGAGUACGCCGAGUUCGUCCGAUGUGGAGCGAUUCAGACCUCGAUGGGCCGGGUGACUUCUGUACAUUGUGAUCCGGACACUAAACAAGCUUCAGUUCAAUACGAAGGGCCCGACGGGACCACCAAGACAAUCGACAAUGUUGCGACGAUAGCCAUGGCCACCGGAUUCACGCCGUACAAGUCCCUGUCAUUGCUACCAGACGAAGUGUUGACGACACUUGAAUACUCCAAGACGGAUCCCUUCUCACCCUUGAUUCUCGACAAGGGAGGCACCGUUCGCUCUGAAAUCCCCGAUGUCGGCUUCGUCGGAUUCUACCGCGGCCCGUACUGGGGCGUGAUGGAGAUGCAAGCGCGUUUCCUUGGGAAACUAUGGAGUGAGGAGAACAACGGUGUGCUCUGUGAAACAGAGGACCAGAAGCAAAGCCUUCGCAGUCUCAGAUUAGCACACCCGGAUCUAGCCCGUGGUCAGUUCCCCAUGGGCGACUAUGUCGGAUUGAUGGAGUCGUUCGCCAAGGAUCUGGGUAUUAGUCGCUCGGCACUGGAAGCAGACGAUGGUCGGUCUGGACCUGCUGUUCCUGCGAGAUAUCUUUAUGGCGAUACCCCAAUGCCAAGUACAGAGAGCGAGGCGGAGAGGACACUGGAUGCUUUACGCGACGCUCUUGUCCCUGGCCAUGGGACAGCACAGAAGGCCGCAGCGUCAGCUAUAUUUCGGGCUCUACAUGGGACUUGGAAAUCUUCUGUGCAGACAGCAGGUGCUACUAGACGUGAAACAUCUUCUGGGACUAUAGUCUUUUACCCGCGGUACCCGACCAGCUCGGCGUAUGAUAGGGAGUAUGUCUGUGUGGAGACAGAUGUGGAUUCGAUCGGACGGGAACAGCCUACGCGAGAUAAUGUGCGGUUCAUCAUGCGAUUGGCAGAAGUAGGGGAUGAUAUUGCCACUUCUCGAAUUGAGAUCUGGUCCUCGGGUUUGGCGGAUAAGCUGUCAGUUGAUCAACUUGUCCAAGUUUGGGAGUUGACGCCGCUCUGCCGGGAGAGGAAAGAAGGGGAGUCUAUUCCUGGGGAGUAUGUGAUAUCCGCCAAGAGUGUUGAUUCGGGUUCUGGUGUCGACUAUUUGUAUACUUUUCAUUUCAAGGGGGUUUCCAUUUUGUCCUGGGAGUGCAUUGAGGUGGACAAUUUGGAAGAGAAGAGGGAGCUGACUUCCUACUGCUACGUGAGAAACUGA